AUGUCUACUACUCAAAACAGUUCCGGCAAUAAAGCCCUUAACCCUAUUCAAGAUCCCACUUCACCCUAUUACCUUCAUCCGAGUGAAUCUCAGCUUUUAUUGGUUCCAAUCCCUUUCAAUGGUACUGGAUUCAACGAUUGGAAACGAUCUGUUACAAUCACUCUUUCAUCCAAGAAUAAACUUGCAUUCAUUAAUGGCCAGAUUCCACAACCGAAUUCUACUGACCCUAAUUUUAAAGCCUGGGAAAGAAUCAAUAGUACCAUAAUUUCUUGGUUGAUGAAAGUGCUAGAUCCUCAGAUUGCUAGAAGCGUGUUGUAUUUCCCAACUGCACAAGAAAUUUGGCAAAAUCUUGAAGAAAGAUUUGGAAUUACUUCUGGAACACAGAUCUACUCUCUCACUCAACAAAUUUUUGACAUUGACCAAGGUUCCGAUUGUCUCUCCACUUAUUUCACAAAGAUCAAGAUGUUAUGGGAUGAAUUUGAUGCUUCAAAUCCUCUACCUACUUGUAAUUGUACCAAUUGUACUUGUGGAAUCAACAGCAAAUUACUACAAAUGAGAGAAGAGCAAAGGUUAAUUCUAUUUCUCAUGAAACUUAAUCCUGCCUACAAAACUAUCCGAGGUAAUAUACUCAUGCAACAACCUCUACCUAGCAUAUCUUAUCUAUAG